AUGUCUACUACAGCAGGAUUAAGACAAAGAGUACCUUCUCCCCCUGCGGGACAGGUGGAGAAGGAUCAACUCCUUCGUGAAGCCGAAGAAGCUGAAUUGACUGAAGGUCAAAAGUUCAUCGUACCAAACUUCACCGUCAAGCAAUUACUAGACGCCAUCCCUGCUCACUGUUUCCACCGAUCUGCACUCCGCUCAUCCCUCUAUGUAGUCCAAGACUUCGUUGCUCUUGGUCUCUUGGCAUAUGGAGCCUUCCAUAUCGACCCAUUCCUUGCUAAAUACAACCUCGCACCUGCCGCUUACCACGCUGCCAGGAUCGCCCUUUACUCCCUUUACGUCUUUGCUGCUGGUCUGUUCGGUACCGGUGUAUGGGUUAUUGCUCACGAAUGUGGUCACCAAGCCUACUCCUCAUCCAAGACUAUUAACAACACUGUUGGUUGGUUCUUGCACUCUGCCUUAUUGGUACCUUACCACUCAUGGAGAAUCUCGCACGGUCGACACCACGCCGCCACUGGUCAUUUGACCAGAGAUGAGGUAUUCGUACCCGUCACGAGAAAGGAAAGAGGUGCACCUGAAAUGAAGGAGGAAGCCGAGAUCCGAGGACUCAACGUUUCCCCCGAAAGACAAAGCGAACUCGCCGAACUCCUCGAGGAUGCACCUUUGGUAGUUUUGUUCAACCUCUUCAUCCGACAAUUCAUCGGUUGGCAAGCUUAUCUCGCUGUCAACGCUACUGGUCAAAGACACUAUCCUAAGGGGACCAACCACUUCACUCCUUCCUCCAUCAUCUUCAAGGCUUCUCACUUCUGGCAAAUUAUCUGGUCUGACAUCGGUAUCGUUAUUACUCUCGCUGCUCUCGCUUUCUGGGCUUACAAGAGAAGUUUUUCCGAGAUGUUUGUAAUCUACUUUUUACCUUACCUCUUUGUUCACAACUGGCUCGUGUUCAUCACUUACCUUCAACACACUGAUCCUGUACUCCCUCAUUACUCCGCGAACACCUGGACCUUCCCUCGAGGAGCCCUCGCCACGAUCGAUCGAACAUUCAUGGGACCCAUUGGAGCCUACGUCUUACACGGUAUCUGUGAGACCCACGUCUCUCACCAUAUCUCAUCCAAGAUCCCCCACUACAACGCAUGGGAAGCUACUGAAGCUCUCCGAAAAUUCCUUGGUCCUCACUACUACCGAUCGGAGGAGAACAUGUUUGUCUCUUGCUGGAAGGCGUACAGGAGCUGUGUCUUCGUCGAGGAAAACCAAGAUAUUGUCUUCUACAGGAACGCCAGGGGUGUAGCUCAAAGAGUCGCGGUGGAAGAGAAUGGAAAUAUCUCUGAUUCAGGUGUCGACAUGACUGAAUCCAAGUAA